AUGUACCGGGGAAGACACCAUGCAACUUUGUUAAACUCUGACCGAGGAGGUUCGUCUAUGAAAGAGAGAGACUCGUCCAACAAAUUUGGAAGAAACCCUUUUCGUCAUACAACUAGGUCUUCGGUUUCAUCACCUCCUCCACCUCCACCAGUGACUCAUUCAAUGGGAAGUGGUGGUACCACUACGACUUUGGGUAGCAGUAACAGUGAAUCAAGGAAUGUAAGCAAUAAUGAUGGUAGGAAGCCUUCACCACCUCAACCACCUCCACCUCCACCACCAUCAUCACUGGCAAGCACAUCAUCACCAAAACCAAGUCGACCAUCUUCAUCCUCGUCAAAUACAUCAUCUUCUUCUAAGCCUCCACCGCCACCUCCUCUUUCAUCAUCAAGUGCAUCUUCUCCAAAACCAAAUCGACCACCACCUCCACCUCCAAUCGAAACCACGAAUUCUUCUUCUUCUUCCUCGAAAACAGCAGUUGUGCUAGCCACUAAGGUGACUGAACGUACACCACCACCGCCACCUCCUCCUUCAAAUCCCUCUCCACCUCCACCUAUUAAGGAGCGAGGAAGUAACCAUAUUACUACCAGUCCUGCUGUGAGCAAAGAUCGUUAUGAGAGCAGUCGACGAGGAGAGAGCAACGAUUAUCACAGACACAGAAGCAACAGCCCACCCCGACGCCAAAGUUCUUCCAGUAGGAGCCAUACCGACGAUGAUAGUCCUAGAAGAAGCCCUCAAAAACGAAGUACCAGCCCAAAUCGCUACAACAAAUACAGCAACACAGGCUCGCAUUAUAGAGGUAAACCCUAUCAUUCCGAUCGAAGCCGAAGCAAGAGUCCCAGCAGAGAUUAUGGUAGCACUUCAGAGAGGGAUAACAAGGAGACUUUAACAACUAAGGCCACUUUAGUAUCUCUGUCUCCUAAGGACGAGCGUAAAAUGCCAGAUACCCAAGAAAAUCAAAAAGGAUCACCAUCGAUAGUGUCCGUACCUCAACCACCACCACCUCCACCACCCACUUCUUCAACGGAAGAUCAAGUUCCACCACCACCUCCACCACCAGUAUCAAAGCUUUCCCCAGAACCGUCAACCAAUAUACCAAAGGCUCAGAUUCAACAAGUUCCACCGCCACCACCAAUUGAACCACCUCCAAAAGACAGCCGAAGAGCUUCUGCAGUGGUUUCGCUACCACCGCCACCGCCACCACCACUGCCAUCAUUUACCUCACCAACAGACUCAGCUUCGAAACCAAAAAUUAAUGCCAAGGCGGAAAGAAUUGCUACACACAAGAGGCCACAACAAGAGGAGGAUCAAAUAUUUAACAAAUUGAAUGAUAUACGAGACAAACAAAAAGAAGGAACAAAGGAAGGAGUAAAAGAAGGAGAAAAAAGAAAGUUAGAACACAUCGAGGUGGAUAACAUUAGCUCCAAGAUUCCAAAAAUAAUUGAUACCAGAAGUACAAAUGACAUUGGAGUUGCAGCAUCUUUGGAAAAAAUAGAAUUGAAUAUUGAUAAACCUGCAUCAUCUCAUCAGGCUGCCAUGACUAGUAACGUGAAUAUUUUCGAAACGUCUGCAAUGCCGAAAACAAGUCCACAAUACCAUAGUAGAAUCCUUCGAAUAAGUAUUGAAAGUAGAAAUCCAAUAAUCAAUAAGGAGUUAGAAGGAGAUGGAAUUUUCAAAUUCUUUCCAAACGCCACGAGAGCGAAGAAAGAAGGUACAAGAGAUUUUUUGGUAGAGUUUGCAUGUUUGGAAGACGUAAUACCAUUCUUGGAAAGAGAAACUAUAGCUUCCAUAGAGGAAGAAUAUAUUACUCUGAAAAUACCUAAAAGUUCAAUUCCUAAUCAGUACAAAAAUAACGACAGUUUAUUAAUGUCAGAUUUUAUUGAAUUUUUAAACGUGAAGUCAGAUCAAGGAGCUAGAGAUGUUGCACAAACUUAUUGGGAGAAUUUAGUUGAAUCAUUGAGGAUACCUAAUUCAAGCUCUUCCUUUGACUUUUUGAAAUUCCGUGAGCGUAGAGUUUUGAAAAAUAUUGGAGGAUUUGAUUUUGGAAUUUUAGUGAGCGAUACUUCUAAUGUAGAAGGAGGCGUUGAAAACAAGAAUUCAUCUGCAACACAAGAAUCAUGUUUUAUAUACGCAUUCGUUAUUGAAAAACCAGAAUCACAAUACUGCGUUCUUACUGUGGAUGAAUUGAGAAAAUGUUUUCCAACAGCUAAACACAUUUCAAUAAUUGAACCCGAAAAGAUUUUGUUAGAAUUUAAUAGUGUGGACGACAUUAAGGUAUAUAAGAAGAUUAGUAAUCACAACAUUUAUAGAGUAAGAAACAGGGAGUUCUUGUUAAAGAAGGCUUCUCAAAUUCAACAACAGAAUGUAUUGUCACGAAAAGAUGACUCAUCUGUUGUCAUGAAUGGAGAAGUUGAAAUUAUUUGUCCUGUCACUCCAACAACACUUGGUUCUUCAAACACAACAGAAACACCCAAAAGUAGUAAGGCACAAGAGAUAUUGAGCCUGUUGAGACGACAACUACAAGAAAAAACUCCAAAGGCACCUGCAGAAUCAGAAGGACAACGCGUUGAAUCGCUUCGAAACAUAUUACGACAACAAAUGUCGAGCAAAUCAGUUAGCCCUACAAGUAACACAAGUGAUACGAAUAAUUCAUCAGCAGAAUUUAUUCAUUUAGAAAAUAAUUCUGACAAUAUGGAAUUAAUUCAUGAAGAAAAUAAUGUUAUGGACGUGACUGUUGAAGAGGAAAGUAACGAACCUCCUAAACCAGAAAUUCAAAAUCUACGUUCAAUGUUAAGGCAGCAAAUGACAGAACAAAAGAAUGACACUCUGCGAACACCACAAAAACCAAGAAAGAAAACAUUUUCAUAUCACUACUCACUCUUUCAUAAAUCAUUUACCAAAUAA